AUGUAUUCGAUCAAGGUUGACGCGAAGACGGGGAGCAGCUCACUCGCAUGUGUGCUAUUGCAUGACAUCCAGCACGAGGCUUGCAUCGGCUCCAAAACGGCUGAGUAUGCUCUACAAAACACACCGCUCUCAUCCUUCUCCGUCCACUAUCGUCCACCUUCCCACAGUACAGCUACCACGCCAUCGAAUGAGCGAGCAAACGCAGCCGCCAUGCAGCCUUCCGUUUCUCCUUUUCCGCUCUGCAUCUCUACACUUUCUGCUUUGCUAGAGUACAGGGAAUCUGCCGCUCAAUCGACAACCAUGCUUCAACACCCAGCUACUUCGACUUCCAAACCGACCUGGGACACCAGAGGCCGCAGCCCCGUCACAAUCCCCCCAUCCACCACCACCGCCUCCAAACGCAUCCCCUCCCCCAAACGCCGCAGCUCCCCAAGCAUCACCCUCCUCGACGUCCGCCCGACCAAAAAACAACGCCGCCUCCACCACAACGCCCUCUCCAUCCCCUACAACAACGCUCAGCAGUUCUGGCACGAAGAGAGCCUGCACCAUUUCUACGUCUUUUGCCCGUUGGACCGCACGAAUCUCGACGAAGCUAGACGCAAGAACCUUCUCGGCAAAGUGGUGUAUGGGAUGCUAGGGAACAGGACGGUGGAGAAGCUCGUGCUGGAUCAGGAGACGGGGAUUCCAUGGACGGUGCCGAAGGUGGUGGUGGAGUUUGGGCGGGUGGAGUGGGGGAGGAGUGCGGAGGUGAGGGGGAGGAAGGGGAGGGAUGUGGAGCCCGGGGUGCUGCCGAGGGGAGAGGAGAUGACGGGGGAGGAGUGGGAGGAGGCGGUGGGGAGGGGGGAUUGGAGGGUUGCGGGGGAGGAUCGGGAGACGUGGGAGAGGUGUUUGGAGAUGGGGGUGGGGUGGUUGGGGUAUCGUGAGAGGUAG